AUGGCCGAACAAGUGAAAGGUUUAAAAAGGCAAUGCGCUUCGAUUAAGUCUCAAACAACUCGUAUUAGAAAUUCGCUUAACGAAUCGUUAGAUACAGCCGCGUUGAAAGUACGGAAAACAAAACUCGAAGAGUUGUAUAACGCGUUUCAGGAGACACAUUUCAAAUUGGAAGCGGUUGACGAAACAGGCGAUUACGAGUCAAAUCUAGUUGAAUUCGAGGAUUCAUACUAUGCGGGCGCGGAAUUGGUUGAACGACUAUUAUCUACACGUGACAGGUGCGCGAGCGUAAAUUCAAAGUCUAAUAAGGGUCAGGUAAAUGGAAAUACAAGGCUACCUCGUAUAGAGUUGCCUAUUUUUAAUGGAAAUCUCCUUGAAUGGCAAAGUUUCUAUGAUUCAUUCAAAUCUAUGGUACACGACAACGAGGAUAUACUAGGCGUUCAAAGGUUUCAUUACCUGAAACGGUCGUUACGCGGAGAAAUAGCUAGCGUCAUCGAUACCCUCAACGCGUCGCACGAAAACUACCUGGUCGCAUGGGCAUUGUUAGAAAAACGAUGUAAUCAACCGCGCAACAUCAUACAAAUGCAUUUGAAAACUUUAUUUGAAUUGCCGACUAUGUCAAAAGAAUGUCCUGUCGCACUACGAUCCUUGAUCACAGCCACGGAAAAACACACUAACGCGUUAAAGGCAUUAAAGGUACCAAUAGAGUCGUGGAACGAAAUUUUAAUAUACAUAAUUACAACGAAAUUAGACAAAGAAACGCGUCGUCAAUGGUACCGUAGUGUGGAUGAUGAUGCCAUGCCGACCUUGAUGGAAUUUUUAGAAUUUUUAUCAAAAUUUGCUCGCGAUGAUGCAAUAACGAACAUAAAUUCACGCGAGAUCACAAAAACACAAACUCCAUCCGUCAAUCGUCAGUUUCCGAAACGUUCUGAAAAGCGUCAAAAUUACGUAGCAACACAAUCAAAAAUCGUGUGUGCAUAUUGCAAAAAGGAUCAUUAUAUACAAACGUGUGAUCAAUUUUUGAAACUUUCUGUGGAGGAUAGAAUUCAAGGCGCACUAUCAGCUAAAGUGUGCAUCAAUUGUCUACGACAGGGUCACGCGUAUAAUAAUUGUUAUUUUAGUAAGUGCAAAAAAUGUCAUAGCAAACACAAUACUUUAUUACAUCGCGAUUUCGACCCAAAUAAGGAUUCAUCGGCAGUAGUACCGUCUACUUCAGACAGCUAUAGUGUCGUCUACGUCAAAUAA